AUGUCACUGCCGCGUCGCCCGUUGGGUCGCACGGGAUUGAACCUGUCGAUCGUGAGCUUCGGCGCGUCGCCACUGGGGAGCGUGUUCGAGGAGAUCGACGAGGAGGAGGGCGUGCGGGCCGUGCACGAAGCGGUGAAACUCGGAAUCAACCUGUUCGACGUCUCGCCAUUUUAUGGGUCAACUCGGGCUGAGACGGUACUAGGGCGGGCCAUCGCCACAUUGCCUUGCCCGCGGGAGGACGUAGUGAUCGCCACCAAGGUGGGGCGGUACGGCCAGGACGAGUUUGAUUUCAGUGCGGAUCGGAUCAGGAGGAGCGUGGAGGAGAGCUGCCAACGCCUGCAGACGCCUUACCUGGACAUUGUUCAGUGCCACGAUAUCGAGUUUGGAAGUUUGGAUCAGAUCGUGAAUGAGACAAUUCCUGCCCUCCAGGAGCUGAAAGCGGCCGGCAAGAUCCGAUUCAUCGGCAUCACGGGCCUCCCUCUCUCCGUCUACCGAUCCGUUCUUCCCCGCGUGCCGCCCGGCUCGCUCGAUCUCAUCCUCUCCUACUGCCACUAUUCCCUCAACGACACGACACUUGAGCCGCUGCUGCCGUGGCUGCAGCAGCUGGGCGUGGGGGUGAUCAGUGCUUCGCCCUUUUCCAUGGGCCUGCUCACCCCCCAGGGUCCCCCUUCCUGGCACCCAGCACCACAACCACUCAAGGAUGCAUGCAAGGCGGCUGCACUGGCCUGUCAGCAGCGGGGAGCAUCGCUGCCACGACUGGCCCUUCAGUUCGCAACGCUCAACCCAGCCAUCAGCACGACGCUCGUGGGCAUGUGCACGGUGCAGCAGGUGCGGGAGAAUGUGGCGGCGGUGAUUGAAGCAGCAGAGCGUGGCAUUGAUGAGGCGAUGCUGAAAGAAGUGGAAGCUAUUCUGGCGCCUCAUAAGGAUACCACCUGGCCUAGUGGUCGACCCGAGAACAACUGA